AAAUGCAAAUGCUAACACUUCUUUUAAGUUUUAUGUUUUCACUUUCAGCUGGUUUUUAUUUCCAUGUAGGGGAGCGAGAAGAAAAAUGUAUAAUAGAAGACAUUCCAAGUGACACAUGGAUAACAGGGACUUUUAAGGUACAGCAAUGGGACAUAGGCAGACAGGAUUUCCUUGAAUCUGCUCCUGGUUUGGGAAUGUUUGUGACUGUUACAAGCUACAAUGAUGAGAUAUUGUUAUCAAAAUUAUAUGGUGCAGAAGGAACAUUCCAUUUUACUUCGCAUUCACCUGGCGAACACAUCAUUUGCUUACAAUCUAAUUCCACAAGGCUUAUGUCAUUUGGAGGGAGUAAGCUGCGCAUCCACUUAGAUGUUCGGGUUGGAGAACAUGACCUUGAUGCAGCAAUUGCUCAAGCAAAGGACAAAGUUAAUGAAGUUACCUUCAAGCUUGAACAUCUAAUUGAACAAAUUCAGCAAAUACUCAAAGAACAAAAUUAUCGAAGGGACCGUGAGGAAAUUUUUCGAAUGACCAGUGAAGAUACAAACAGCAAUGUUUUAUGGUGGGCUUUUGCACAAAUAUUAAUCUUUAUCUCAGUUGGAAUUUUUCAAAUGAGGCACCUUAAAAACUUCUUUAUAGCUAAGAAACUUGUUUAAAAUAUUAUCAAUGGAACAAAUAACCUGCAUAAUUU